GCAUGCUUUUAUUUUGAUAUCUCGGUAACGUGACCCGGAUGUAAUUUAGAGUAGCUUUAGCCAGUUAGCUAGUAGAAAUUGUUGUACGCAUGCAAACAUAACAGCGGCAGACGGUAUCAACCUGGAUGCUGAUGUGGCCCCUCUGACGUCCUGGUCCCAUCUAAUCAGCUCUCCAGUCCCCGCGGCACUGAAACCAUGUCCAGCCAGACCGGAGUGACGCCCUCCCUGCGCUUCGGCCAGGUGGUCAUUGGACCCCCAGGCUCUGGAAAAACCACUUACUGUCAAGGAAUGCAGGAGUUCCUUACUCGCAUGGGGCGCAAGGUGGUCGUGGUGAACAUGGACCCUGCCAACGAACAACUACCGUAUUCCUGUGCGGUGGAUAUCUCAGAGCUGGUCACUCUGGACGACGUCAUGGAGGGUUUGAAGCUUGGGCCCAACGGUGGGCUCCUCUACUGUAUGGAGUAUGUUGAAGCAAAUCUGGACUGGUUAGAAAACAAGCUGAAACAGCACAGUGACUGUUAUUUCUUGUUUGACUGUCCUGGACAAGUGGAGCUCUACACCCACCAAAGUUCAGUAAAGAAUAUAUUCUCACAGCUGGCCAAGUGGAAUUUCAGGCUCACAGCAGUGCACCUUGUGGACUCGCACUACUGCGCUGACCCAGCCAAGUUCAUCUCUGUGCUGUGUACCUCCCUGUCCACCAUGCUGCAUGUGGAGCUUCCACACGUCAACAUCCUCUCCAAGAUGGACUUGAUUGAGCAGUAUGGCAAGCUGGCCUUCAACCUCGACUUCUACACAGAAGUCAUGGACCUGACCUAUCUUCUCGAUCAUCUGGCUGCAGACCCCUUUUUUAAAAAAUUCCACCGUCUAAAUGUAAAGUUGGCAGAGGUCAUACAAGAUUACAGCCUCGUCUCCUUUGUGCCUCUCAAUGUACAGGACAGAGAGAGCAUGAUUCAGGUCUUACGAGCAGUGGACAAAGCCAACGGCUACUGCUUUGGAGACCUAGAGGAGAGGAAUCUGCAGGCCAUGAUGUCAGCUGCUGUGGGGGCAGACUUCCAGUUUGACUCUACUCUUGGAGUGCAAGAGCGGUAUGUUGAAACCAGCGGAAAGACUGUGGAGGAGGAAAUGCUGGAUCUGUAAAUUGAAAAGCCCAAAUAACAGGACAAAACUGGUUGCCUUUUUAGCAUCACUAUACCAGGGGAGUCUUGGCAACAUCCAUCUCACUUGGCCUGAAUUCUGAGCCUCUCUACAAACGCAGUGGAGAGAUAGGAACUAAAUUUGGGCGCUGAAGAUGCUUCAAGGUUGCACCACACCUCAUAAAAAUCACGAUGAGGAUGACUGAAGGGAGUAAAUGCAGAGCUUUUCUUCAGUUAUUGUUGUGAGUGGUGUGAUUUUUGUAUUUUUUGCAAGGAAAUCUUCAAUAAAUGUCAAUACAUUUUCUUAAAAUGUAUUAAAUGUAAGGGCCCUCAUUUAGGUUUUGUUUUGUUAGAUGUGGAUUGUUCCAUAUUUUUGUGAACACUCAGGUAAAAUGUCCAUGGGUAAAUCAUAUUCAUACUGAAACAAUAAAGUAACUGCAAUUAAUAUAAA